AUGGCUCGCAAUACGGUAGUCAACCGGACUUUGGAAGAAACAGCUCAGCUGGACAAGGAGGACUUUCAGACCUAUGGGACUCGUCGCCUGCGCCAGCGGCGGCAGCGGCACCACAACCCCAGAGCCUUCGAGCACCCCGUCCAACACCACAGUCUCUGCGGUCGCAUGACGGUUCCAUGA